AUGCCUCAGAUGUUCCAGGGACCAUCCAACCUGGGGCGUGAAAUCGCGUCAAAAUGUCCCAUCAAACGAGAUCUCUCUCGUCAGCCAAUCAUUUCCAAAAUCCGCCACAGGGAGCUUUUUGAAAUGCCGGUUGUACCUAUUCAGCUGCUCGUUAAUGUUGACUACAGACCACUGCUCUCA